AUGACACGAAUUCCUCUCCCCACGCCCCCUCCUAUUGAUCCCUCAUACCAGCCCAAAACCGCCAUCACAACGGUGCCAGCCACUUAUCCGAUCAAGUACAUCCUUAGCAUUCUCGAGCGUGAUGGCGGCGUGAUACUCAAAGAUCUAGUCUCACCAGACGAACUAGCUGCCAUCGACGAUGAACUGAAUCCCUGGAGUAGCAAGCCUCGUCGACAUCUAGAAAACAAGAAGGUCAACGGCGAUGCUUUCCCAUCUAUCCCCGCGCAGACAGUCCUCGUACCAGGCCUCGUUGGGAAGUCUAAGACAGUCGCCCAGAUCUGCGAGCAUCCCAUGCUAGAGGCCCUGCGGCAGCGCAUUCUGCGAGAAGAAUUUACGCUGAUGCGGGAGGGUUUCGCGGAGCCCAACACAAUCGAUCCAUUGUUGAGUCUGAGUGUGUCGAUGAAUAUCGGGUACGGCGCACCUCGACAACUGUUGCAUCGGGAUGACGAUGUCCAUAAUAUUCGACAUUCCCGAAACUCAUUUCGGCCAUGGAGCUUUCAGCAAGCCAGUCAGUUUGGGUGCUUGAUUGCUGGAUGUGAGGUUACUAGAGAAAAUGGGGCUACGAUGUUCAAAUGUCCCCCCGGCUCAGCUUUAAUCUUUCUCGCCUCUGCAUACCAUGGCGGCGGACACAAUUCGGUUCCUGGUUCCGUCCGCACGAUGCACGGUUUGUUCUUUUCCCGGGGUCAUCUCCGCACCGAGGAGAACCAGUUCCUUGGGAUCCCGCGGAGUAAAGUGCGUGGAAUGAGUCCGAAGAUGCUGGAUCUACUAGGGUAUAAGAAGCCAACGACGGCGCUUGGUAUUGUGGACAAUAUGAGUCCGGAUGAGGAUGUAGAUGGGAUUUGGGAGAGGGCUAUGCAGUAG